AUCAUAUAUUCAAUAAAUUAGAUGAUAAUUUUGUUUUCACAACUGAGGCACAUAUUUUUCCUUUGACUGCACAAUAUUGGAAAAAAACAUGGAAAUAUAUAGACAAUUUCACAUGCGAUGUGUAUAAAAAUUCAAAAAAACUCGCGUCAUCUAUUUUAGAACGCUCAGACGCAGAUUUCGCAAGAGAAUUGGUCGGAUUCGAAGAUUUAUCUUUACCACCUUUAGACCCUUAUGGCUAUUGCGAAGUUCCAUAUAUGGAUCCAGUGAUAAUAGACGUAAGUUUUGGAGAAUCUUCUCAUGAAACAAGUGUGCAAGACGGACAAUUAGUAAUUCACGUACAACAUCGUGGAAAAAAUUGA